GUGGCCCCGGGGCUGGACAUCCCCCGCCGGGCCUCCCUGGAGCUGCUGUACCACCUGCUGGGGGUCAUUCCGGCGUACAGGGACCGCAUCAUCCCGCUGCUCCGCUCCCUGUGCGCUGGGUGCCUGGAGGAGGACCUCCCCGCAGCCACCGCCGGCCUCACCCACCCCGCACCCCACGUGCGCGCCGCCGCCCUGGCCGCCCUGCCUGCCGUACCGCUGCUAGCGGAGGGACUCUUCCCGGCGGGAGAUGACGGUACGGCGGCGCUGCUGUGGCUGGCGCGACAUGACGUGGCGAGUGAGGCGAAUGCGGCGGCGGCGACGGCGCUGUGGGAGGCGUGCGGCGCGGAGCUGACCCG